UUUUGGUUGUUGCACACAGUUUUGCGGAAGUCGUCCAGAAGUCGUUUACAGCCAUGCUCAAAAUGAUGGCUGAAAAUAUGAUUGUCUGCCUAUGAUUUAAACUAAAUCGCAUCGAAAUAACGUAUCAGGAGUGUGCGUACUGGUCUGGGACGUCGCAGAUAUGAAAUUAAAAGAAUUAGAAAGCUGCUUACAGCAAGUGGACACAUUUGAAGAGCCUAAAAUCCUCCUGGAGCAAUAUCCAACCAGCCCUCAUAUAGCAGCGUGUAUGCUUUACACGAUCCACAGCACGUUUGAUGACAUUGAGGGGAAACUAGUGGCGGAUCUGGGAUGUGGUUGUGGAGUCCUGAGCAUCGGUGCUGCCAUGCUGGAGGCAGGUUUGUGUGUCGGCUUCGACAUUGAUGAAGACGCGCUGGAUAUAUUCAGAAGAAACGCAGAGGAGUUUGAGAUUUCGAACAUAGACCUGGUCCAGUGUGACCUGUGCUGUCUGCAGGCCGAAGCUUACGCCAAGAAGUUUGACACAGUGAUUAUGAAUCCUCCAUUUGGGACAAAACACAACCAAGGUAUGGACAUGAAGUUCCUCCGAGCUGCUUUAACGAUGGCACAGACGGCUGUGUACUCGCUUCAUAAAACAUCAACACGAGAAUCAACCUCAAAUCCUUCUUAUGACUUUUCUUCACUCAAGUCUCUGCCACACCAGUUGUAACGCUUCAUGUGUCAUUUCUCAUCCGAUUACAGCACAUACAAAAGAAGGCUAAAGACUGGGGAGUAAAGAUGGAAGUCAUAGCGGGUAAGAGAAAUACUGUAAAUCUUUACAUUUCAAAUGUUGAUAUCCUCACUAUAUAAUUCCUUUACAGAACUACGAUAUGACCUGCCAGCAUCUUACAAGUUCCACAAAAAGAAAUCGGUGAGCUCAUAUGCUGCUUCUGAACACCUUCUCCAUCAGCUGUAACUGUCAAGACACACUCAAACUGAUCUGAAUUCAUUUUUACAAACCAUUUAUUUGCUAUUAACAUAUGCAAACUUUAAAAAAAAAAAGAGCAAAGCAGAUAUUCUCAUCACUCCAUGUAGGAAAUCUACAAAGAAAAACAGUGGCACACAGAUUCUAGAUGUCACACAGCGCAUACAAAAUCAACUAAAAAUAUUCAGGUGAAAUUAAAUAACUGGCAAAAAAGCAACUUUAUGUUGGUUAUGUUAAAAUCAAAACAUCUUAAGAAGAGAAAUGAAGGUACACAAAUAAUGAGAGGCACAACAUAUAAGGACUUUAUCAAGUCUGCAAACUGACUGAGCUUUGCACUUAUUUCUCUAGGUUGACAUCCAGGUGGACUUCUUGCGAUUCUCCAAAACCUGAAGCUUUCACUGGAAUGGAUUUAAGUUGCCUCUUUUCUUUUCACUGUUGGUAAUAAAUGUUUUUAUCAAAGAAAAA